AUUGACAGCUAAUUAAGGAGAGAUGGAUUUCAGUUGAUACUCUCAACCACAUAGGAGGGUGAACAAAUUGAAUGCUCAUUAUGUUUCUAUUCCCAUACAUACUACUAUAUAACUUACCCAAAACCCCUGCACAUAUACUUAACAACAAAAAGAGUAGUAUUUUUUUACAACAACAAACAAUGGCGAAGAUAAAUGUCAUGAUAGCCGUUGUCGUGCUUGUUGUAUCAGUCAUGUCAAUUGAGCAAGCCACAGCAGCUCGACGUCUUCAGCAAUUUGGUGGUUUCCCUAUGCCUACUACUCCAUCAACUGGUGGUGGUUUCCCCUCAUUUCCUAUGCCUACGACUCCAUCAACUGGUGGUGGUUUCCCCUCAUUUCCUAUGCCUACUACUCCAGGUUUUCCUACUCCAUCAACUGGUGGCGGCGGCUUUGGUGGGCUGCCUACUAUUCCAUUUCCCCCAUUCCCCAACACUCCAGCUGAUGCCACACAAACCACUACUCCUUGAAAUGUAACUUCAUACACACGACUCUCAACUAUCCAUAUCUUUCUGAUCCCCCCUUAUAAUUAACUUCUGAUUGAUGUAUUUCUAUUGUUUAAAUUAAAAUUGCUUACUGAAGCAAUUGUUGCUUAAUGUUUGUUGUUAUUUAUGUAUCUAAGCUAUGUACUGAUUAUUCGUUGUUUCAUUCAAUACUACUAGCUUCAUUUAUCAUA